AUGCCGACGUUUCGCAGGUCCUUAUUCGCCGCUAUAUGCUUCAUCGCUUUCAUCUUCCUCAUUCGCUCAAGUCGACCUGCCGAGGUCCCCGGUGCACCUGGCUACCAACCCGUACAAGAGAUAUUCAGCGAGGAGCAGGAUAGGCUAUUACAUCCGAAGAAGAAGUCAAAAGCUCGGCAGCAACAAACGCUUUCUUAUGGGACUGCGCCACUGCGCGAGCGCCUGCGAUACCAAUUUCCCUACGACCUUCGAAGCAGAUUCCCCGCAUACAUUUGGCAAACAUGGAAGUAUGCCCCAUCAUCGAUAUGGUUUGGAGACAGUCUCCGUGCGGCCGAGGCGAGCUGGACAGAAUUACACCCGGGGUUCACGCAUGAGGUCAUUUCGGAUGAUACGCAAAGGCAUUUGAUCCAGUACUUGUACGGAUCUCUGCCGGACGUCUUUGAAGCCUACGAUGCCUUGCCGCUCGCGGUUAUGAAGGCCGACUUCUUCCGGUAUCUGGUUCUGCUCGCACGGGGUGGAAUUUACAGUGAUAUCGACACUAUUGCUCUCAAGCCAGCCCCGUACUGGCUGCCCGACGAACUUGAUCGAUCCAAAGUGGGAUUCGUUGUCGGCAUCGAGGCCGACCCAGACCGUCCCGACUGGCACGAGUGGUACUCCCGCCGUAUCCAAUUCUGCCAGUGGACCAUCGUUUCGAAACCGGGUCAUCCGAUUCUGCGUGAUAUGGUCGCAUACAUCACGGAGGAGACACUCCGCAUGAAGAGGGCUGGCAUCCUCAAGGUUGGCAAGAUGGAUAAGACCGUGAUGGAGUUUACGGGACCGGGUGCUUGGACGGAUGCGAUUUUCCGUUACUUCAACAACCCUGAGUACUUCCACAUUCUACCUGGGGAGAAGAAUAUAACGUACGAAGACUUCAGUGGUCAGACCACUCAUCGGAAGAUGGGAGACGCGGUGGUCUUGCCAAUCACGAGCUUCAGCCCGGGCGUUGGGCAAAUGGGUGCCGAAGAUAUCGAUCAUCCUAUGGCUUUCGUGAAGCACAACUUUGACGGUAUGGUUACCCUUAGUCCCGAGUAA